AUGGGUGGUCAAAGCAGAGAAGGUGGCAAGGUCAAGCCUCUCAAGUCCGCCAAGAAGGACAAGAAGGAGCUGGACGAGGAUGACCUCGCCUUCCAGGCCAAGAAGAGAGCUGAGGAGAAGGCCAAGAAGGAACUCAUGGAGAAGGCCAAGGGCAAGGGCCCCCUGAACACUGGUAACCAGGGUAUCAAGAAGUCUGGAAAGAAAUAG